AUGGAAUUCGGUGUUCGCGAGCGCAUCUCUUUGGUCGGAGUCGUCGUUUUAAUUUGCGUUUGGUACUCUUAUAAACGUCCUUUCUCACGAAAAGCUGACAGUAUUAAGUCUGAGGAGCUCUCCACAGACGAACGCCAUGAGUUUGAGAACCGACCUCCUAUCGAUAUUUUGUAUCCUGAUUCCAACACCCCUGAGACAGAUGAAGCAGAGGUCGAGUGA